CCAGUCACCCGUGCAACUCCAAGUGAUUCUAUGUUUAUUUUCAUCAGUUCGUCUUGUAGGUGACUUCCAGAGCUCGAAAAUGUUUAAUGUCGCCUUAACAAGAACAGAUGCAGAAAGACCACUAAGUAAAUAUUAUGUUGAAGCCGAUAACUUCCCGUAUUUCUGUGAAUACGAGCUGCACGUCUAUGCGGAAAGAGGAAACUACAAAUUCGUUGAAGAGAUGCUGGAUGAAUUUCCCGAAUACGUGAACUGUGUUAACUCCAUGGGAAUCACUCCUCUUGCAACUGUGACAAAAAUAAUAUGGGAAUUAAACACGGCCGAGGAAAAGAAAAUCAUGGAAAUUCUUCUUUCCCGUGGUGCCGAUCCUAUGAUGAACCAUGUUGACGGACAGUCGAUCGCAUUGUACGCCUUCAAGCACGGUGAUGUUGACGUGAUGAUGUUAUUCGCAAGAUAUCUAGAAAACAUCGACACCCUGUUCGAAGGAUAUACACCACUGCAUUACGGAGUAAGCAAGUGUGAAGGAGAACUGGUGAAAUAUUGUCUCCAGAGGAACGCAGACGUACACCAGCGGUAUUCAGACAACAAGACCCUUCUUCACGUGGCUGUAAUAACACAUAAUUACUCUAUGGUCUCCCUGCUACUGGAAUAUGGUGCCGACAUCAACGCCACAAUGUCAGAUGGCAAUACAGCUCUUCAUCUAGCUGCCGUUAUCAACAACUCGGAAAAUGCUGUCAAGGAUCUGAUAAAGUACAACGCGAAUAUGAACCUCCAAAACGACCAAGGUGACACUCCUUUGAAUAGACUAGCCCAGCAGCAUUACUUCAACUACGAAGUGUUUGAAACGUUGGUGAAGAGCGGAUGUGACGUCAACAUACCUGACUACUAUGGUUUCACCCCCCUUCACAAGAUUUCCUACAAUUUCAAGUUCGGAAAAUACGACAAGAGGUUUAGGACAUCAUGUAAGAAUUUUGUUAGGCUUUUGUUGAGAAGAGGCGCAAAUGUCUUCGCCUUGACUCAUUAUAACGAUACUGUCUUAGACACAGCCUUGAGGAGCAAUAGAUUAGAAUUAGCUGAGAUUCUCAUCAAACAUAUAACCCCAAAGUUGAUGGGUAGGUAUCAGGAGAACGAUCUCAUGUUGUAUUCUUUCGAGAGACACCCCAAGUUCAGAAGCCUAGCACAGAAAUGCGUGGCUGAAUUGUCAAAAUUAGAUGAAAAUAUUUUAGGUACUAAUUUCACUUACAGGGAUAUAGUCGUAAAUUAUAGAAAAAUUGUCAAGAGCGCCACAAACAAAUAUGUCGGGGAUCAAAUCAGGCUUAUGAUAAAUAAAAGAAGUCGUCUAUACGAGGACGAAUUGAUGGAGGAAUGCGUAAAGGUUCUCAACGUGGCAGAAAUGUUGAAUUUGCUAACAGAAAUAUUCGAAUAUAUUCUGCCCGGUCCUUGUAUAGACAAAAUUCUGGAAUAUAUCACAUGUUAUGAUUGCGCGUAUAGCUUUAGAACAAUACCGAAACCCAAAAAAUCUAGACCUAGACGACAUUAUUCUAGAACUUAUUUCUAUUCGAUAUAUAACCCCAAGGUUGAUGGAUAUCUAGAAAACGUCGACACCCUGUUCGAAGGAUACACACCACUGCAUUACGGAGUAACCCAGUCCGAAGAAGAACUGGUGAAAUAUUGUCUCAAGAGGAACGCAGACGUACACCAGCGGUAUUCAGACAACAAGACCCUUCUUCACGUGGCUGUAAUAACACAUAAUUACUCUAUGGCCUCCCUGCUAUUGGACUAUGGUACCGACAUUAACGCCACAAUGUCAGAUGGCAAUACAGCUCUUCAUCUAGCUGCCGUUAUCAACAACUCGGAAACUGCUGUCAAGGAUCUGAUAAAGUACAACGCGAAUGUCAACCUCCAAAUCGACCAAGGUGACACUCUUUUUAAUCGACUAGCCCAGCAGCAUUACUUCAAAUACGAAGUGUUUGAACUCUUGUUCGAAGAAUACGACAAGAGGUUUAGGAAAUCAUGUAAGAAUUUCGUUAGGCUUUUGUUGAGAAGAGGCGCAACUGUCUUUGCCUUGACCCAUUAUAACGAUACUGUCUUAGACACAGCCUUGAGGAGCAAAAGGUUAGAAUUAGCUGAGAUUCUCAUCAAACAUAAAACCCCAAAGUUGAUGGGUAGGUAUCAGGAGAACGAUAUCAUGUUGUAUUCUUUUGAGGGACACCCCAAGUUCAGAAGCCUAGCACAAAAAUGCGUGACUGAGUUGUCAAAAUCAGAUGAAAAUAUUCUAGGUACUAAUUUUACUUACAGGGAUCUAGUCGUCACAUCUACAGAUUGUGCUACACCUUCAUACAACUACCAAAUCCCAAAAAAUUUAGAGCUAGCUGUCAAGGAUCUCAUCAAGUACAACGCCAACAUGAACAUCCAGAACGACCAAGGCGACACUCAUUUGAACCAAUUUGCCCAUCAGCAAUAUUUCAACUACGAAUUGUUUGAACCCUUGGUGAAGAACGAAUACGACCGCCUCGAACAAAUAUGUCGCGGAUCAAAUCAGGCAUAUGAUGAGUUAUUCGCUAGAUAUCUAGAAAACAUUGACACCCUGUACAAAGAAUAUACACCACUGCAUUACGGAGUAACCCAGUGCGAAGGAGAGCUGAUGAAAUAUUGUCUCCAGAGGAACGCAGACGUACACCAGCGAUAUUCAGACAACAAGACCCUUCUUCACGUGGCUGUAAUAACACAUAAUUACUCUAUGGCCUCCCUGCUACUGGACUAUGGUGCCGACAUCAACGCCACAAUGUCAGAUGGCAAUACAGCUCUUCAUCUAGCUGCCGUUAUCAACAACUCGGAAACUGCUGUCAAGGAUCUGAUAAAGUACAACGCGAAUAUGAACCUCCAAAACAACCAAGGUGACACUCUUUUGAAUAGACUAGCCCAGCAGCAUUACUUCAACUACGAAGUGUUUGAAAUGUUGGUGAAGAGCGGAUGUGACGUCAACAUACCUGACUACUAUGGUUUCACCCCCCUCCACAAGAUUUUCUAUCAUUUCAAGUUCGGGAAUAAGACAAGAGGUUUAGGAUAUGAUGUAAGAAUUUCGUUAAGAUUUUGUUGAGAAAAGGGGCACAAAUGUCUUUGCCUUGACCCAUUAUAACGACACUGUCUUAGACACAGUCUUGAGGAGGCAAAUGUUAUAAUCAGCUGAUAUUAUCAUCAAACAUAUAACCCCAAAGUUGAUGGGUAGGUAUCAGGAGAACGAUAUCAUCUUGAAUUUUUUCGAGGGAAACCCCAAGUUCAGAAGCCUAGCUCAGAAAUGCGUGGAUGAGUUGUCGAAAUAAGAUGAAAAUAUUCUAGGUACUUAUUGCACUUACAGGGAUCUAGUGGUAAAUUAUAGAAAAAUUGUUGAGAGCGCCUCAAACAAAUAUGUCGCGGAUCAAAUCAGGCAUAUGAUGAGUUAUUCGCUAGAUAUCUAGAAAACAUUGACACCCUGUUCAAAGGAUAUACACCACUGAAUUACGUAGUAACCCAGUGCGAUGAAGAACUUGUGAA